ACAGAUCCCUCUUUCUAACUCAACAUCAGACUCAAUGGCACAACUGUAAAUAUCUCAAACCCCAGGGGCAUUUCAUCAAAAUCUUCAUUACGUUUGCACUUGCCUCGCGGCACUCUAUAUAUAUUUGUAACGGAAACCUCAACCCCCCACAGCUUCUAUCUCCUCCUCUCCAAACUCUCAUAUAUACUUACAGAUUUCUGUAUCUAUAUAUCUGAUCUGUUAGGGUUUUAUCGAGAUGGCCAAAAAUGUCGGAAUUCUCGCCAUGGAUAUCUACUUCCCUCCCACAUGUAUUCAGCAGGAAGUAUUAGAGGCUCAUGAUGGAGCAAGUAAAGGGAAGUAUACAAUUGGACUGGGUCAGGAUUGCAUGGGCUUUUGUACAGAGGUGGAAGAUGUGAUCUCAAUGAGUUUGACAGUUGUCACUUCACUCCUUGAAAAAUACAACAUUGAUCCGACACAAAUUGGACGGAUGGAAGUGGGCAGUGAAACUGUGAUAGACAAGAGCAAAUCAAUCAAGACCUUUCUCAUGCAAGCUUUUGAGAAAUGUGGAAAUACUGACAUUGAAGGUGUUGACUCAACCAAUGCUUGCUAUGGAGGAACCGCAGCAUUGUUUAACUGCGUCAACUGGGUGGAGAGCAGUUCAUGGGAUGGCCGUUAUGGACUUGUCGUGUGCACAGAUAGUGCGGUCUAUGCUGAGGGACCUGCUAGGCCUACUGGAGGAGCAGCCGCAAUUGCUAUGCUAAUAGGACCUGAUGCCCCUAUAGCGUUCGAAAGCAAAUUCAGGGGAAGUCAUAUGUCUCAUGCAUAUGACUUUUACAAACCCAAUCUUGCCAGUGAAUAUCCGGUUGUUGAUGGGAAGCUAUCACAAACUUGUUAUCUGAUGGCACUUGAUUCUUGCUAUAAGCGAUAUUGUCAAAAGUAUGAGAAGUUGGAGGGUAAGCAAUUUUCUAUGGAUGAUGCUGACUACUUUGUGUUUCAUUCCCCAUAUAAUAAGCUUGUACAGAAGAGUUUUGCUAGGCUAAUGUUCAAUGAUUUCUUGAGGAAUGCAAGUUCUGUUGAUGAGAGUACCAAAGAAAAGCUGGCACCAUUUGCAUCUUUAACCGGUGAUGAAAGUUAUGCUAGCCGGGAUCUUGAAAAGGCAACGCAGCAGGUUGCAAAGUCCCAGUAUGAUGUAAAGGUUCAACCAACAACUUUGAUACCAAAGCAAGUUGGCAACAUGUAUACUGCAUCUCUAUAUGCUGCAUUAGCUUCCCUAAUUCACAACAAGCAUAGCACACUGAAUGAUAAACGGGUCAUAAUGUUUUCGUAUGGAAGUGGUUUAUCUUCCACAAUGUUUUCCCUCCAUCUCCGUGAAGGUCAACAUCCUUUCAGUUUGUCCAACAUCACAAAUGUUAUGAAUGUUAGUGAGAAAUUGAAGUCGAGGAAUGAGCUACCUCCGGAAAAAUUUGUCGAAAUCAUGCAGCUAAUGGAACAUAGAUAUGGAGCCAAGGACUUUGUGACAAGCAAGGACUGUAGUCUCCUAUCUCCAGGCACCUAUUACUUGACCGAAGUUGAUUCAAUGUAUCGAAGAUUCUACGCCAAGAAGGAAUCAGACAGAUCAAGCACUGAGAACGGGAAGCUGGCCAACGGACAUUGACUAAAUGUACUAGUAUCGUUUGCAUCUGAAAGUUGGCUCAAGUGUGUUGUCUUAAAUGUUAGCAUAAUAAGCUUAUUUCAGAAUGUAGUGACUUUAUAAACUUCAAUCAGAAUCCUAUUUCCUAUUUGUGCUUCUGUAGGUGAAGAUUGAUGAUGUUUAUGAUCAUAUGUACUCUAUUUUGAUUAUAAAAUAUGCUAGUGUUGUGCUUCUAUUUUCA